AUAAAGUUUCAAAUGUCUCUUGUUAUCUACAAGAUCCUCCUGCUGUCUUUUGUGAAUAUUGUGGAUGAGGCUGAGUCGACUCCAUACAUUUAUGAAGAAUCCUAUGAUGAUGAUUAUGAGGGAUGCCGAGAUGAAACAGAAAAGGAAGUUACUGAGUAUUACUUGAAUAAUGACAUAGAAAAUAACAAAAACCUCACCUUAGCCUGGGAUGAAGCGAUUGAAUUCUUCGACAACUGGGACCCACCUACACCAAAUUAUUUAGAUAGGAAUACCACCCUUGCUGUUAUGGCCUACACAGGUGAUUUUAUCUAUUCUGAUCUGAAUGAUGCAGUGGAACAUGGUGUAAAUAAGACAACAAAGAAGCACUACAGGUCUGUGCAUUUCCUGCUUACCAAGGCCAUCCAAACCCUCAAUGCUAUCCAGACCCUCAGCUGCAUCAGGGCUUACCGUGGAGUUAUGGUAGAGAUACGACCAAAUCAAGGAGAAGCAUUUCGUUUUGGGAGAUUUGCAUCAUCUUCUACAGAUUUUUCAACAGCAAUAAGAUUUGGUGAUGUAACAUUUUUCAACAUCACAACAUGCCAUGGGGCAGACAUUUCAAAUUAUUCCUUGUGUGAUGAAUCUGAAGUGCUUAUCCCACCCUAUGAAAAGUUUAAUGUCAAAGAAAUUAAUGGUGGAAACAUCACUCUUGAGUCAGUCGAUAUCACCGUGAACUACAGAUGUGUGCCUCUGAAUGGUUCAGUUGAGAGAAAUACAAUGUUACUGGAUUCCAGCGAGCUGAUGACAUGGCUGCAAGUGCCCCUGGAUGAGUCUAAUAUAUAUUCACUAUAUAUGCGCAAUAUGUAUUCUUACUAUUUGUUUUUCUAUUAACAUCUGCUUGGAAUAUGGGCUUUGAAUGAAUACAUUUUUGAAAAAUGAUGGAACAACAUAAAUGA